AUGAACAGACGAAGCACAUCGACCUCUGCAAACGUUCUGGAAAUCCUAUUGCUCUACGCCGCCCACGGCCUAGUCCCCGCGACUCUUCUACUCACAACCCCCAGGCGGGCUCUUCUUCGGUACCUCUCAAUUCCAUGCUUGCUAUAUAUUGCGCACCGAUCUAUCCGCGUGGCCUCGGCACUAGGCCCAGGAUUUAUCUGGUGUGAAUUUGCCCGCCUCUUUGUGACCGUCGUCUUGCAAGCCCUGAACCUGCUGCUCAUCAACCCGAAAGACGGCACCGAUCUCCCCCUCGACGCGGGAAAAAAUGGCUCUGUGGCUCGUCUCUACUAUGCGACCCGGCUUUUCACCCAGCCUCGUGGGAUUAACACGCCCUGGCAAGUCAAGAAUGCGCCCUCCCAGCCGGCAUAUUACCAACGAAGGAAUCUGCAUCACCCUCCUCGAGGGCGCUUCUUGAUUCGCCAGAUUGUCAUUGCCAUCUGGCAGUAUCUGGCGCUGGAUGUUUUCUGUACUCUUGCGUUGCGGCAGGCCUUGGAGCAUAAGAAGCAUGAGUCGUUACCGGCGCAGCCGAGCUGGGAUUUAUCAGUUGAGCAGUGGAUUGAGCGGAUUGUUUCUAAUUUGGUUGCUGGGUUCGUUGUGAGCCGUAUCCUUAUCGACUUCCAUCAUCGGGCGUUUUCGGUUCUCGUCGUGGGAUUUGGGCUUGACUCGCCUUCCAAUUGUCCCCCGUUGUUUGGAAGGGCGGCUGAUGUCGAUUCGUUACGGGGAUUUUGGGCGAAUUUCUGGCACCAGUUAUUGCGACAACCCCUGACUUCUGUCAGUACCUUUAUCACUCGUGAUCUACUGGGCCUACCGCCUCGGUCUUUAUUGGAGCGGUAUAUGAAUGUCUUCAUCGUAUUCCUCCUCUCAGGUGGACUGCAUGUUAUACUUGAUAUUGUGCAGGGCAUCCCGGCACAGGAAUCGGGCGCCCUGUUAUUCUUCGCCAUGGCUUCUCUGGGGCUCAUGAUCGAAGAUGGCAUCGAAGCAUUGUGGAGGUCUAUUUGGAAACGAAAGGAUGAGAAGAAAACAGACAACCAAGUGCCCCCUCUGUGGCAGAGGGCUCUUGGCCUUUUCUGGGCCAUGGCUUGGCUGGGUGUCACCUCCACUUGGUAUUUCUAUCCCCAGAUGCUGAGGCCACAGAACCAGGUUCUGGUUCCUUUUAGCUUGGCAAGUCAGAUUGGUCUGUCUACGCUGGCAGGAGUGGUUUUGGUUGGUGGUGUGGUGGUUGCCUUGGUGUUUGAGGUUGAGGUGUGA